UGGCGACGUUUGCACACUGAGUUCGCGUGCCUUCCUGAUCUGGCAAUUUUCGCUGCAGGCAUGAUGUCGCUGCGUGACGCAAAAUCAUCCUCACCUUCAGCUUUACAGCAACAUCACCCUGUUUAGGCUCAGCAGCCGCUAUCGCCUUCGACAUUGUGACAGUGUACCAAGAUUUGUGCAGAGCGAGCAUUGGCAGUCCCAGCCCAUCAGCCUGCUUUGCAUCCUCAGAAUGUCUGCAAACAACUCCAAGAAAGCCUGGCCGGGUGAUGAGUACGACAAGCAGACUGCAGGGAAUCCCGCGGCUCAACACCAUGUCCAGCUCCCAGUCCGCCCAACUGUCAUCACCAGCUUUCCUCAGGGACUACACGCUCUAUCGUCAGCCGUCGUUACUGGCGCGGGAAGUAGCAGUGCUUCAACAAGUCAGGGGACUCCGAUGAGUGGCUAUCUCACUUCCGCCAGCACUCCCCCCACGACUGCAAGCUCUUCCGCUGCUCCAUCUCUCGGAACGACCCCAAGCUCGGGCAUAGCUCCAAGCCCAUCGUGGCAAACCAACGGCAACGGACGCGUCAAUGGGAUGCAGCAGCUCGCGGGGCCGAUUCCAGCGCACCUCGCGGCCAACUACUUGCCCGGGCUCGGCCUGCAGUUCGGUAACACGUCUCCCUACGAGAGCACUGCCAAUCAGGUGACUAUGCCAGAGCGCGAUGUCAUGCAAGGCCCUGCCUGGUCCACUCUUGGCAGUCGUGCCUACCACUACACUCAAGCCAACAUUGUCGAGCCGCGUGUCCACGUUCAGCACGGCGUCUCAGCAGGCGUUCCCACACCCAAGACUCACCCCCUUCCGCCGAAGCCUGUCGGAGGUCAGCACGCCAUAUGCGAGCAGCAUCACGUCUCUCCUGUCAAGCAUGUCGAGGCAGCUUCAGCGAAUCUUUCUCGUCCGGCUGAGACCGCCAACACCACGCAAGUCAGGGACUUUGCCAAAUACGUCAACCUGCGGGGCUCCGACACCGAUAGCAUCAUCACCAACCCUUAUGCUGAAGACAAUGGCUCGACCGUCAGUACGAUCUCGUCGCACUUUACCCAUGACCGUCCGCAUCUCAUCGGGCAAGAGGCAUCUAUGUUCGAAGAGAGGCCCAACAAAGGGAGCUGGCGGAUGCAAGUCAGAGACAAUGGUCCUUCAAUCAAAGACGCAGCCCCUGGUGGUGCAGGCUUCCUCAGCGCUCUCAAUCCUCCGAACUUCCAGAUGAAAUGGGGUGUAAGUUUCGCUGCUUUGAAAGGACAUGAAUUCUCCAGCUGACGUAUCUCAGGACCGUGUCGUCUGCAUCAAGACCAACUUCGUUUCCAACAUUCACGUCUCUGUCAAGUCGUGUCUGUGGGCGGAGUCUGAGAAGGUCGGGCUGCGCAUCAAUCGGAUCUGGG